AUGGCGGAUGAGCGUACAGCGUCAACGAUAAACGAUGAAUUGGUCGAACUCCACGUUACGCAGCUCCCUCAAAAGUUCUACCAUUGUGCCCACGUCUCUAUAGUAGCAAGAACCCAAAGCAAACUCGACGAUGCUUUAAAAGAGCUUGAGGCCAAUCGCCAAAGCCCAGAUCAAGUUUUCAAAGCCUUUUCCUUCUCCCUCGACACCGCAAAGGAGUCUGCUGCUGCUCUCCAAGCUGCUAGCGAUGCCCACGGCGGCAAAGUCCCAGAUGCAGUUUUCGCAUGUGCAGGUGCUGCGAAACCUAUGUACCUCCUCGAAAUGCAGCCAGAAGACCUCUCAAGUGGAAUGACGAAUGGGUACUGGAUACAGGCAUGGACUGCAUUCGCUGCUGCUAAACAAAUGGUGCGCGAGAAUAAGAAGGGGAAGAUCAUGCUGGUGUCUUCGACGCUUGGAUAUAUGUCUUUGAUUGGAUAUUCGUCGUAUUCGCCUGCAAAGCACGCUCUGCGUGGACUGGCUGAUUCGUUGCAUUCAGAACUAAUGUUGUAUGGUAUCGAUACUCAUAUCCUCUUCCCUCCGACAAUGUAUACCCCUGGGUUUGAAGAAGAAAACAAGACGAAGCCGGCUAUUACUAGAAGGAUUGAGUCGGCGGAUGAAGGUCUGACAGCGGAGCAGGCUGCUGCUGGAUUACUCUCAGCACACAUCACCGCUGAUCUCAUUACGAGCUUGUUCCGAGCUUCAACGCGUGGUUGUGCACCUAGAAGCAACGCUGCUCUCGAUUUCGUGUUGGAUUUGGUUGCUCUUGUUGGCAUACCGAUUUGGAGACGCUCGGUUGACAAGCAAGUGCUUGCACAUCGCGCUGAACAUAGGGAGUACUUGAGGACAAAGGGAUUGGUUGACUGA